AUGAAGUUUACGACUAUCACCGGCAUGCUGCUUUCUAGUGCGGUAAUGGCAACCGCCGCUGUGCUUCCCAAUUUCUCAGGAAGAUAUCGAAUCCCAACCUCCUAUGAAUCCGCCGUCCUGGGCCGGCGCAUCCUGGCGCUCACUCCCAUUGGCACGAUCUCAACCGUCUUCCCCCCAGACGAGAGCAAGGUCACAAACAUACAUGAUCCUUCGGAAACAAUUUUCGAGCGCAGCCCCGCCGGCCUCGGAGGUAUGCCCUACAGCCUCAUGGAGUACAUCGCAGACUGCGAGGACGACGACCUAGGCAACCCGACCAUCCUCGCCGUGACCAUCGGUACUACGUUCCGCAACGUCGCGGCCGGAAGCAACGUGAGCUUGGCUGUGCAAUGGACGCCGCCACAUCCUCCGGUGAAGCGCAUCAGGUCAGAGAGGAAGUCAUGGUUUUCCUACCUUGGGUUAGGCACCCAAAAGGAUGAUGAGGAGUAUGAUUCCGAUUCCGAUUCGAAUUUGGACGGGGAGAGUUAUCAUCAUCUUCAACAUGAUGAGGAGGACGAUGAUCAUCACCAUUCUCCAUCUCUCCCUUACUCAGCUGCUAACUUACCGCGUUUCUCUCUCAUCGGUUAUCUGGAACCGAUCCCCGAUGGUGAUGAUCUCAAGGGCGAAGUGGGCAGCAAGCUGGCGUCAUGCUUUGUUCGGACCCAUCCGGAUGCGAAGUAUUGGCUCCCCGGCAACAAAGUGCAUGAAUCGCACUUUGUCCGGAUGGUCGUUCAGCAUGUCUAUUGGGUUGGCGGGUUCGGUGACCGGGCGUAUAUCGGUUGGAUCCCCAUUGAGGAGUGUUUUGAUGAGGAACGUGCUGAUCACAAUGAUAGGCGUAAUGUUACUCGCAAGGAGUGGGAAAAGGUAAGGCUUCCAGGCGAGAAGAAGGGAUGGAAGGAAUGGUCGGCUCCGAGCGACCUCUAG